UUCACCACCCAAAUCCCAUUUCAUAGUCAUACCACAAGAUGGCGACAAGUUCAUCGACGAACAAACUCAUUGUCUUCACACUUUCUCUUAUCUUGGUCGCCUUCCAAGUAGUCCAUGCAGACUAUUACCGUCCAAGGCCACCGGUUACCCCUACCCCCUACGUCCCUAAGCCAUGGAUCCCACUUCCGAGCCCUAAGCCUGUUUAUCGGCCUCCUACUAUCCCGAGUCUACCAGCUGGCUCAAUCGCAAGACAGUUCCUUGACCCACAUAACGCUCUACGGUCUAGACUAGGUUUACCUCCACUGGUUUGGGACAGCAAGCUAGCGAACUACGCGAAAUGGUGGGCGAACCAAAGGCGUUACGACUGCUCGUUGACCCAUUCCACAGGCCCAUACGGUGAGAAUCUGUUCUGGGGAAGUGGCUCGAGCUGGGCACCAGGAUUCGCAGUGCAUUCAUGGGUGGUUGAAGGAAGCACAUACAACUACAACACCAACUCGUGUGACGGAAGUGGAAUGUGUGGUCACUACACUCAGAUGGUGUGGCGUGACACCAAAAGGCUCGGGUGCGCUAGUCUGGUCUGUGACAACGGUGCAGGAGUUUUCAUCACUUGUAACUACGACCCUCCGGGUAACUACGUUGGCGAGAAGCCUUACUAAGAAAAAAAAAAGCACUUAAAACGGUGUUUCUUUUUUUUAAUACUUGAUUCCAUUUAAUUUCUAUAUAUUUCUGUUUCAAAUAUCUCAGUGGAAUUAAAAUUUCCGAGACAUUUAAUAUGUAUAAUGUACGGAUCAUCGUUUUGUUGUUGUUGUUGAUGUUUCUAGUGUCCUAAUGGUGAUCAUCCUCAAUUUUUUGUGGACUGGCCUUAUUAUGUAAACAUAGUAAAUCAAUGAGGUU